AUGGUGUUUCGAAUUGAUAUGGAGGAUUUUGAAGACGACCGACGAUUUGCCGAGUACAUUACUUUGGCUGUGGCUGACGAAAGCGAUAAUUGUCGGGUACUAAUCGAUGGAUACCGAGGCACCGCAGGUGACUCAUUGCUUUCGUACACUAAGCCUUUCAGGUAUGUCUUAUUGCAGCUUUUUGUACUUUGCUCUGAGAAUGACAGGUAAUAUAAAGGUAAAAUUCCUGCCUGAGAAUUUGGAAAUUCGUUGAGGAUUGCUGGUAGUCGAUCGAGGAUUCCUACACUUAAGCUAAUCAGCUUUUUUUUUCUACAUAUGAGAAAUCUAAACUGAAGUGCAUCAUCGCCGAUCAGAUAUUUCAACUUCCAUUUUAUUUCUAACCAGGAUUGCUCCUUUCAACAAGAUGACAUUAAAUUCCUGUUUGCUGCAUUAUUAACCAAAAGAAAAAAUAUGUGUAAAUUGCUUACCGUUCCAUUUUCUCAAGCUUUUCUAAGAGGGGAAUCUUUUUAUGUGCACUGCUGACAAUAAGUGCUCCUUGGAUAUUUCCCAAAAUGUUAUGCCAGUUGCACUUUACUGACUAUGAUAUGCUGUCAGAAGCAUUGCUUCCUCGCUUUUCUCAGUUUCUCACGAAAUGCUUUUGAUAUCCUAGAAGCAUGAGGUUUACAACCAAAGACAAAGACAACGACGUUGAAAACAGCGGAAACUGUACGUUAGACUAUAAAGGUGGCUGGUGGUAUAAUACCUGCCACAACGCCAAUCCAAAUGGUUUGUACAAAGGUGGAGGUAACGCACAAGGUGUUACAUCGGAGGCAUUUCGAGGACAAGCUUAUUCUUUAAAGCACACCGAGAUCAAAAUUCGACCAGCAUGGUUUCAUUUGCAGUAG